AUGUUUGUUUAUGCAAGUGAAAAUAUUACACCAAUCUAUUUCAUUCAUCAUAUGACAACAAUUUUAUUAUUAAUAUUAGGCUAUAUGACCAAAAAUUAUCUAAAUGGUAUUGUUAUGAUAUAUCUUUUUGGACAGGAUACAUUAUUAAUGCAAUUUAGUAAAUGUUUAAUUAAACUUCAAUUACCAAUCAUUCAACAAAAUCGUAAUCAAAUUCGUCGUAUUCUUUUCUAUAUAUUUGUUUUGCUUUGGUUAUAUAAUCGCCUAUAUCGUUAUCCAUUGAUUAUAAUACCUGAUCUGGUAUUAUUUGCAUCCGAAAAUUUUCAUCUUGAUUGGAGUAUACUUGGUUAUAUAUUAAUAUUAUUAUUAUUGAUAAUAUUUAUGGUUAGUUUAUUAUGGACAAUAUUUAUUUUGAAAAUUAUAAUUAGUACAUUGUUUGAUCAGAAAAAUCUUUAUCAUUUAGAUGUACAGGAUAUUGAACCACAAUAUAUUGAGAUGGAUGAUUAA